UUUCAGUGACUAAUUUCAAGAUAUCAAAGAUCAUGCGACGAUGAUUCCGGUAGAUUUUACAAAUUACGCGUCGUAGUUGUCGGAAAAUACAACGUAGAGACUAUAAUAUUUAAACUAUUGUUAUGCCCAUAUGAAAUAUACAAAAUGAAUGUGAUACCGUGUUGGAUAUUAAUUAGUGUAUUAGAAUUAGUAUCAGCAGAAUGGAAUACAAAAGACUAUAUGAAACGAGAACAUUCUUUGAUCAGACCAUAUCAAGGAUCUGGAAUGACAAUACCCUACUGGGAUUUUACGGGUAGUACAAUGGUGACAAAUAACUAUAUAAGAUUAACUCCAGAUUUGCAGAGUAAACAGGGUGCCAUAUGGAAUUCAGUCCCGUGUCAUGUAAGAAAUUGGGAGCUCCAAGUUCAUUUUAAAGUUCACGGAAAGGGAAAAGAUUUGUUUGGCGAUGGUUUUGUUAUUUGGUAUGCAAGAGAGAGAAUGAAAACAGGUCCUGUCUUUGGAAAUCAAGAUUAUUUCCAGGGAUUGGCCAUAAUUUUAGAUACAUAUAGUAAUCACAAUGGUCCACACAAUCACCAACAUCCUUACAUUUCUGCCAUGGUUAAUAAUGGUUCUUUGCAUUAUGAUCACGAUCGCGAUGGAACGCAUACACAAAUUGCAGGUUGUGAAGCAAACUUUAGAAAUUUAGAACAUGAUACACAUAUUGGUGUGAGAUAUGAAAGAGAUACACUAACUGUUUCCACAGAUUUUUCAAACAAAGCUGCAUGGAAGGAGUGCUUUUCUGUAAAAGACAUAAAACUGCCUACAGGAUAUUACAUUGGAAUUUCGGCAACAACAGGAGAUUUAUCUGAUAAUCAUGAUAUACUAUCCAUUCGUUUAUUUGAAUUAGAUUUACCAGAUGAUCCAAGAGAUCAAGAAGAUAGAUCGAAUAUUUUGCCAUCAGCUGCAUAUUUUGAUGCACCUCGAGAACACGUAGAUGACCCAAAACAAUCUGCAUUUAGUAGAAUAAUGUUUUUCUUUUUAAUGCUUAUAGCAGCGCUUGCAUUAAUCGCCUGUGUAGUAAUAGGUAUUAUGUGGUAUCAGAAACAUCAAGAAAAUAGCAGGAAACGAUUUUAUUAAAUCGCGGUGCUUUAUGAAUUAUUCCAUUUUUAAAUCUUUUGUUUCUAUUGAAUAUUCUUUCUUUAAAAAAUAAGGUGUAGUCAUAACGUGUUCAUAAGACUGUUCCCCUUAAUGUUAGAGUAACAAAUAUCCAUUCACGGUAUCUUCGAUUUUGAGAACGUUGUUUACGAGAUAUUUUGACGAAAAUAUGUCAACAAAGGAUAAAACUGUCAUAAUAAUGUAUAAAUAAUUGCAGCAAUCAUAAGACGUGUCCAAUUACGCCAUUCGCUAUUAUAGUUCUAAUAAUGUUUGUCAUGAAUAAUACAAAGUUCCUUUACCAAAUAUUAGUUUUCAUAUUCUUAAGUUGCUGCAAUAAAUUUCUUUUAGAAAUAAGUUGAAUUAUUCGCGUACGAAUUAAACAUAUUAUUCCUUAAGUGAAUUUUAGUUUGAAAAAAUGCGAUAAUUGCAAUAAAUUUAAGAGAUAAAAGUAAAAGAAUAAGUUUUCUGAAGCAACAUUAUAAUUCACAUUGUUAACGCAAAAUAUCGUACGUUACAUUACUGAUAGAAAAACGAACUCUAAAAAAUAAUCAUCGAUUUCUACAAGAGCGUUUUUUCUCGCUUUGACUUAUCAUUACGUCUAUGGAUUCGAUAUAAUAGAAAUGAUUUUACUGAUGUAGAUUUUAUAUUUGUAUAUAAAAAUUAUCAAUGUGGAAUAGUUAUAGUGAUUUCGUGCUGUACAAUUCGGUUUUAUACAAAAGAUAAAGGGAACCAAAAUCUUGAAAUAAACAAUUGUUAAGAAACAUAAUGUUAUUAUUUGUGAAAAUAAUGUACAUCACUCGUUGCCAAAUACAAAAAUUAAAUACAAAAA